UAAUCAAAACUCGUUAUAAAUAGUUAAAAAACAGUUUGCAUUUAUUUGGCGGACGUAUUGUCUGAACGGCAAUGAAUGCAUGACUUUCUGCUUUGUCACUGAAUGGUCACUGAAUUUGCUAUACAUUUGAAGUUUGAGUUUCAAAACAAUUGCUUUUAAUUCAAUUCAAUAUAAAGUGAUUUCCAGUGAAUAGAGAGAGAGAGGAAUGGCUUCCGAGAGAUACAGCUUUUCGUUGACUACUUUCAGUCCGUCGGGAAAGUUAGUGCAAAUCGAGUACGCGUUGGCAGCGGUGGCCGCCGGCGCCCCCGCCGUCGGCAUCAAAGCAUCCAAUGGUGUGGUUUUGGCCACAGAGAAGAAACACAAGUCCAUCAUCUAUGAGGAGCACAGUAUCUAUAAAGUGGAGGCCAUUACCAAACAUAUAGGUCUGGUCUACAGCGGAAUGGGUCCCGACUAUCGGCUUCUGGUUCGCAGAGCCCGCAAAAUAGCUCAACAAUACUACUUGACGUACUCCGAGCCCAUCCCUACCACUCAAUUGGUUCAACGCGUCGCCCAUAUUAUGCAAGAGUACACCCAAUCGGGAGGCGUCCGACCAUUUGGUGUCUCUCUAUUGAUCGCCGGUUGGGAUAAUGACAGACCCUAUCUCUUCCAAUGCGAUCCAUCCGGCGCUUACUUUGCGUGGAAGGCGACAGCGAUGGGCAAGAAUCACAUCAAUGGCAAGUCAUUCCUCGAGAAACGGUAUAGCGAAGAGUUAGAGCUCGAAGACGCCAUUCAGACGGCUAUCUUAACUUUAAAGGAGGGCUUUGAGGGACAGAUGACUCCCGACAACAUCGAGAUCGGCAUUUGUGACGCUCAGGGCUUCAGAAGGCUUUCGCCCGCAGAAGUGAAGGACUAUUUGGCGACAAUCGCUUGAUUUGAAUGUCAUUUUCCUUAUUUUUAUUAAUUCUCUUUUUAUAAUAAAUUAUAAGAUUUUGUGUCAAUUCAAUGAAAACAUUAAAAUUGAGUUAUUGUUAACAAACAUCUCCAAAAA